CUAACAGACUCUUCUGCUCAGCAAGGUUUCACUACAGGUUGCUAGUUCUUCGUGCUGUACCCACUUCAUUGAUUACCAGGAUUAUACCCUUGAAAAGAUGACGAUGGAUGCUCUGCAACUAGCAAACACUGCCUUUGCAGUUGACAUGUUCAAAAAGUUAUGUGAGAAGGAUAAAACAGCCAAUAUCAUUUUUGCCCCCCUGUGUACCUCAACGUCCCUGGCUCUGGCGUAUAAAGCUACGAAAGGUGACACUGCAGACCAGAUGAAACAGGUGCUCCAUUUACAAGAUGUCAAAGAUGUUUCUUUCGGGUUUCAAACAGUAACUUCAGAUGUUUCCAAGCUCAGCUCUUUCUUCGCACUGAAAAUGGUCAAACGGCUCUUUGUAGACAAGUCUCUCGCUCCUACCACAGACUUUGUCAACUCUACAAAGAGGCCUUUUCCAUCUGAGCUGGAACUAGUGGAGUUCAAAGAAAAAACUGAGGAAACCCGACAGAAGAUCAACAAAUCUCUCUCAGAGCUAACUGAUGGCAAGAUGGAGAAUAUUUUGAAUGAGGAUAGUGUAAGUGACCAGACUCAGAUCCUCCUAGUUAAUGCAGCUUAUUUUGUCACAAACUGGAUGAAGAAGUUCCCAGAAGCAGAGAUCAAAGAAUGUCCUUUUAAAGUCAACAAGACUGACACUAAACCAGUGCAAAUGAUGAAUCUGGAAGCUACUUUUUGUCUGGGCUAUGUAAAAGAAUUAAAUGUUGCAAUUCUUGAACUUCCAUGCCUUAACAAGCAUAUAAGCAUGCUCAUUCUGCUGCCCAAAGACAUUGAAGAUGAGACAACUGGCUUGGAACAGCUGGAAAAGGCACUCACCCCUGAGACACUAUUACAGUGGACCAAUCCCAGCAUGAUGGCCAACACCAAAGUGAAUGUAUUUCUUCCAAAAUUUAGCGUGGAAGGUGAUUACGACCUGAAGCCACUUCUGGAAAGCCUGGGCAUGACAAAUGUCUUUAAUGAGAGUGCAUCAGAUUUCUCUGAGAUGUGUGAGACCAAAGGUGUGGUUUUGUCAAAGAUCAUCCACAAAGUCUCCUUAGAAGUAAAUGAACAAGGUGGCGAGUCUCUAGAGGUACCAGGAUAUCGGAUUCUGCAACACAAAGAUGAAUUCAAAGCUGACCAUCCGUUUAUCUUUUUGUUCAGGCACAACAAAACUCGCAACGUGAUUCUUUCAGGCAGAUUCUGUUCCCCUUAAGGAGGGCAUUUUAAGUAUGAAAAAGCACAAUUACAUUUAUGGUGAUGCAUGUUCCUGUAAAGCUUGGCAUCCUGACUAUCACCUUUGAAAGGAAAUCUAAGAGGUUCAUAUAUCAGCAGGGUAAUACUAUGUACUCUACAUAUGCAGCACAACUCGUUUCUCUUUUUGCUUCAUCCCCUUAAGCUGAAGGAUUCCCACUGUGGAGAUCACAUGAUAAUUUACCAAGUAUCCCAGCCUCAGCCACAAUUAUAUUUUGUUCCUCCAUGACAUCUUUCUCUCAAAACAAAGUGAACUGAGAGCCUAUUUUUGAAAGACUGAGAGUUGGAAGGGGCUCUGGGAGAAAGAGUUUCAUCCCACUCUCCCUUGAGACCCACACUCUGUGGAUUCCUACUGCCAAAAAGGGGAAAACGUGGACACAUGGUGCGAUAGCCCUCCUCUUGUACCUGGCUACAGUCUGGUGGUCCGUGGUGCCCUGCUGGACCCUGCUAACGUAUAGUGAAGCAGUGCAGCUAGCACCAGAGAUCGCGUCUGUGAAACAGCAGCUGCACCUAUGGAUGCAAGAGGCAAUGAGAAUAUACACCCAGAACACUCUUCUGCAUGAGCUACAUCAGUUCAUAGGUUGGGGAGUUUGCACUCUACUUUGUGGGACUUUUUCACUCAUUCUCCUUCAGACAUGGCAGAGGGGACCAGUCCACUGCAGCUAAGAGGAGCCCUGUUAUAUAUAUCCUGAGAAAAAGAAAGUUGUGCAAUUCUAGCAUAGAAAUCGGAUGGAUUAAUACUGGAUGUGCCACAAUUUUCAGGCACAGAUUAAGUGUCAGUUCUAGUUCUGGAUUCAGCAUUAAAGGAGGCUCCAUACAAUUACUUAACCUCAGAGGUACAAGAAAUAAGGACACCAACUUGAGUGAGAUUAACAUGGUAAUUACCAGUCUACAAAUUCCAUAUGAAAUCAUGGUAAUUAGUUUUCAUUUCUAUCUAAAGACUUCCUGCUGCAUAUGUUCAGUACCAAUUUACCUAAUCAUUGUUCAGAAUAAAGCACUACAAAACCUGUGUCAAAUGUCUGCAGUA